CUAUUAUCCACCACUGCCCUGCCUACAGGAUCUGUUCUGACACUAGACUGCCCCUGGCUACCGUGAGCCUUCAAUCACAUGUUUCCAUACUACAACUCCCGUGAUGCAACGCGCUGACAAAGGGUCAACUGCGGAAGUCAGCGUGAUCAGUGUUAGAGAAGGGAGGGCCCAGCAGAGAUUCCCUGGGAUGUGAUAAAGCCUUUUACCUGGAUUAUUACUGUACAGCCUGAGCCAGCUCCAGGGGAGGUGAGAGGAGCCGGCCGGUAUCAGGAGGGGACCCUGGGGUCUGGGCUGGGCAGGGCAGAGCUCGGGUGGGCUGGGCUGGGCAGGGGGUGUUGUUGAAUAUAAGUACAGAGGGUAUAAAGUGGGGCUUAGCUAACUGAUCCUAUAUAGGGCUUCAGCCAAGCAAAAUGAGGUAGUUUUGAAAAUCCAGGAACGGUGAGAUCAGCCAUGCAUUACCUAGGAGAUCCAUUGUAUACACUGUAUGUCCAACCUGCUGUGUUUGGUUAGUGGGUAAAUGGUUGUUGGACAUCUCACCAGACUGGCCAAAAUGUGCAUAUUCACCUUACAUGGCAGGGGGGUAGUGCACAGUAAUGUGUGUGUGGGCAUAGUGUAUUACACAGUAAGGUGUGUGUGUGUGUGUGUGUGUGUGUGUGGGCAUAGUGUAUUACACAGUAAGGUGUGUGUGUGGGCAUAUUGUAUUACACAGUAAGGUGUGUGUGUGGGCAUGGUGUAUUACACAGUAAGGUGUGUGUGUGUGUGUGGGCAUGGUGUAUUACACAGUAAGGUGUGUGUGUGGGCAUGGUGUAUUACACCGUAAGGUGUGUGUGUGUGGGCAUGGUGUAUUACACCGUAAGGUGUGUGUGUGGGCAUGGUGUAUUACACAGUAAGGUGUGUGUGUGUGUGUGUGGGCAUGGUGUAUUACACAGUAAGGUGUGUGUGUGUGUGUGUGUGUGUGGGCAUGGUGUAUUACACAGUAAGGUGUGUGUGUGUGUGUGUGUGUGGGCAUGGUGUAUUACACAGUAAGGUGUGUGUGUGUUGGCAUGGUGUAUUGCACAGUAAGUUGUAUGUGUGGGUAUGGUGUAUUGCACAGUAAGGUGUGUGUGUGGGUGUAGCAGAGGUGGUCAAAGAGCUACAUCACACAUUGUUGCAGAGCUACAAUACCCUUAAUGCUUGGCAUCGUGGGAGUUAAGCAACUUUUUGACCACCUCCUGUGUAUUUGUAAUGGAUUUAGACCAUUGUCUUGCAGACUUGGGUUGUACCAGGAGGUUGAUUAGAACCGUAAUGUAAAUAGAAACAGAGAAGCAGUAUUUACUGUACAAUGGUAGGAGCAUGCUUUGGCUUCAGUUAAAGAUUACUAGAUUAUAGUGUAAAGGUUAGAUUCAAAGGGAACAUCUCACAAAAAGUGUAUGUGUACCAGAGCUUUUGGCUACCUUCAUUGCUACUAUGUUACUAUUUACUUCCUUAUAGGUCCACCAGUUUAAUUGAUCCAUUAAUUUUAAUUGUCUAUAAUCCCCAUUUAGAUAGUUUCAAUCUGUUAGUUCUUUAUAUGAGGUUUACACUGCUGCACUUCUAUUUUAUAUAUAUAUUUAGUAUUUGUUUAUUUUGAUGUAUGUUUUGGAUCAUUAUCCUGAUGGAAAAUUCAACUACGGCCCAUUUAUUAGCUUUCUGGCAGAGGCAAUUCAUGAUGCCAUGUAUCCUAACAAAUGUCUGGGUCAUUUGGCAGAAAAACAGCCCCAACACAUUAAAGAGCCACCAUCAUAUUUAACCGUUGGCACAAGGUACUUGUCCAUACGGCUUUCUCUCUGUGUGAGCCAAACUCAUCUCUGGUGUUUAUUGCCAAAAAAACUCUAUUUUGGUUUCAUGUGCCCAUAGAACCCAACCCUAUUUGAAGUUCCUGUAGUGUCUGACAAACUAAAGACGCUUGAGUUUGUUUUUGGAUGAGAGUAGAGGCUUUUUAUUCUUGAAACCUUUCCAAACAACGGUUGGUGACGUCGGUUUUUGCUGUUCUGGAGAUUUUUUGACCCCAAGACGCAACCAAUUUCUCCGGCUGUGGUCCACUGAGUGUUUUUGGCCAUUUGAACCAUCCUCUUCACUGUGCAUUGAGACAAUAUAAGACACACUUCCUCUUUUGGGUUUAUUCAUAAAAUUUCCAGUUGACUGCAACUUAAUUAUUGCCCUGAUGGGGGGAAGUGGCAUUUUCAGUGCUCUUGCUAUUUUCUUAUGGCCACUUCCCAUUUUGUGAAGCUCGACAACUUUUUGCCGCAUAUCACAGCUCUAUUCCUUCAUCUUACCCCUUGGGGUGAAUGACUAAGGCAAUUUGGCAUAUGUAUUACCUAAUAUUUAGACCCCAUGUGAAACAGAAGACAUGGUUCAACAAUAUCCUGUUCCUAGUCGCCAAGGUGAACUAAAAGAUGUAAAAUAUCAAUUGGAUAUUUCUCAUAUGAAUUCAUAGGGGUGUCAGUAAGUGUGCCACACAUAUUUAACACAUUGUGGACCAUGAGGUCCGUGUUUUUGUGUUUUGUUUUUUUGAUUGAAAGUUUAAGCAAUAUAGAACAUUUUUCACAACCUUCUUUACUCAUUUACCAAGGGUGUCAGUAUCACUGGAGGGCACUGUAGAUGUUUUUGAAAAUACAUAUUGGAAAGUGAAAGUGAAAGCUGCUUUGCUUUUAAAAUGCAGACACUCAGUCAUUGGAAUGAGACAGACUGACAGUAAUUUGAAUUUAUUUGGUAAGGUGCCAGGUUAUUUUAUUUAUUUUUUUCCUUUUCCAAUUUACAGUUUUAGAUUGAAAGCUCAUUUGGGCACCUACAGUUGCAUGUCUGCACCUACCGUUGUUUGUCAAAUGUGUUUUUGUUAGAUUUGUUUUACCUGUUGUAAGGUGCUGUGGAAUAUGUUGGUGAUUAUGUAAUUAUUAUAAAUGUAAAUAUUCAAACUGUUUGCCAGUGGUUUGACUACUUACCUGGGCUACGUCAGGCGCACUCUGUACCUCUCUGCAGCACUCAGUAUAAGUAAAGGGACACUAAGACAUCAAAACAUCAUUAGCUUAAUGAAGCAACUUGGAUGUCUAGAUCAUGCCCCUACGGUCUCAAUGCUUAAUUAUCUACCAUUUAGGUGUUAAAUCACUUUUGUUUCUGUUUACGCAGCCCUAGCCUCACCUCCCCUGGCUGUGACUGACCCAGCCUGCAAAAAUGGUUUCAUUUUCACUUGCAUAUCAAUUACCUUUAGACAUUUGUAUCUCUUGCUCUCCAAAUUGAAUUUUAAUCACACAUGAGGCUCCUGCAGGCUCUAGAAGGCUAUUAACAGAGCAGGAGGCAAGACCUGAAACAGAAUGUGCAAUAAAGGAAGUGUAAACUUUAGAUUUCCCUCUACAUGAAGUGUUGAGGAAGGCUGUGCCAGUCACAUGCAAAGCUGUGACUAGGGCUGCAUAAGCAAAUGGAUUUAACUCCUAAAUGGCAGAGAAUGUGUGCCAUCCUUGCAGGAGCAAUAAGCAAGAGGUUAAGAGCUGGAUUGUAGACUAGGGGUAGGUACUCUGAAUGUAGUCUUGGAAAUCCCCUCUGAUCUUGGCUGUUGGGAGACUUUCAAGGUGUAUUCAUCUGUAUGUGGGCCUUCGUAAUCUAGUACUUACUGAAUAUUGUUUUCAUUAAUUUUAUUUAUAUUCACGAUUUAUUUCCUUUUUUUGCGAGUGUUUUAGUUAAUUUGCUUAUUGGUGGGCUCUGUUUUUAUUUUAUUUUUUUAAGUCUGCAUGUUGUAGCCGCAUUCUUUGGAGGUGCUGAUGAAAUCUAGAAAAAAAGCAGAAGUAUGCAAGAGAGAGAGAAAAAUGCAAACCUGCUGGCAGAUUGGGCAAUGCUGAUUGUGGUAUAGAACGAUACGCAGGACUGGCAUUAAAGGGACACUCUAGGCCUAGUUUAUGGAUGAGGGAGUUCCUUCACUCUUCUUAUAGACUUCAUUGUAGCUGCAUGUGUGAUCCAACCCAUAUAUUGUGCCAAGUCACCCAUUUUUAUAUACUGUUUGGGUAUUGGAGGCUCGAAAACAAACUCAAGUGUUUUUUAACUUUAUGUAACUUAUUCAACUUUAAAAAGGGGGUGACUGAUGUAUGUAGCUGGACCUGUCUGUACUAUUCACAGCUUUACCAGCUUACAGCAUUCUAGAGAGUAAAUGUUUGCACGUUCAUAUCGUUUGAUUUUUCACAAGAGUAUCUUAUUUCCAGUAACAGAAUAUGCUGACUGUGUAAGCUAAAAAGCCUUCACGCUAAUAAUAAUAAUCAGCAGCUAUGAUGCAUCUUAUGUCAUUGGCCUGAGGGUGUGCAAAUAUUGGUUUGUCCUUGUGAGUUGUGUCUCCUGGCAAUGCAUCCUAGUUCUCUGUAUGAUACAGUAUUUGUGUUUUUGUGCAAGUUAUGCAACUUAACCUCCUCACUAAAGUGUCAAUUUAAAGAAGCAUUCAAACUAAAGUAGUUCAAUCUUCAGAUAAGCUACUUUGGUUUGAAUUUUACAGUUUCAAUUCCCUGCAAUUCAGUGUUUAGUGAAUAGCCCAUUCUUUACUAUAUGAGGUAUUUUCAAGAAUUUGCUAGGAAGUUGGGAAAAUUAAUUUAUACUAGAAUAAUCAAAGAGCUAUGUUUCCAGCCCAGGUACACGGUUGUUACAUCUUCAAUCCCCCUGGUUAAUUCCUGGCAAUUCAAGGGUUAGUAAAUCUACCCGACAGUAUUUGUUGAGCUGGAUCUGAGCGAAUGUUUCACAAUAACAAUCACAUUGAUAACACAAGCAUUCAGAUUGCUCACCGAUGGCCAUAAAAGUUAUUUUAAACUACUGCCAUGUAAUGUCUCCUUUGUUCCACUAAAGAACCAGCGAGCGUCACCAAAUUAACAGCAUGCCUCCCAACGUACCCGAUUUUUGGGUCUUGUCUUGCCCUCCUGACUUUGUUUCCUACUGUCCCUCUUUUGGGAACACCAGGUAACGAUCCCCAAAAAGUGUAGUGCGAGCAUUGCAUUCAGGGUACUAGGACCCUGCAGAGAGCAGUAACACCGUGCUCCCUGCAUGUCGUGCACUCAGCAGACUAGCCAGUUGCUUCACUGGCCAGCCCCCUUCGCUCCCCCUCCCAGCCGAGUCUAAAGUGAAAAUUGUCAGGAAUUGGAAGUAAAUACAAAGGGAAAUUCAUAUUUUAACGCCAAACUGGUUGAAAUGGAAAAUAAAUGCUCCAAGUCAGCUAUGCUUCCAAUUUGACUAUUUUGGUCUGAAAUUUGAGAAUGGUUGGGGAUUCAAAGUGAAUAACCCUGUAAAAGUGCUUUUUCAAACUUCCAGAUAAUAUUCUGUACUUACAAAGUUAAAUAUUAUUUUUUUUUUUUCUCACUGUACAGGACUUUCAGGUAAUUUUAUAAUAGAAUUGGCUAUUUUGGCCAAAAUUGUAAAACUGAAAAAACCCUCCAACUUGAACAGUUCAGCUAUUUUGGCCUUAAAUUUGAAGGGCGGUAAAAUACCAUCUAGUAUUUUCUCCCUCUGCAUGGUGCAGACACUAUCGGGGAUGCACUGUCAGUAAAGACCAAAUCUGCAGUGAUGUUGUAGAAGGGAAGGUAGGGAGUUCACUGCAUAUUACUGAUAUGUCUACUUCCUGAUUCUUAUCAUUUUGCCACAUUCAGCAGAACAAUUGAGACUUUUUUUGUUUAUUAGAAUGUGUUCUCCCAUAAGUUACAGAGACACACAAAGAUUUAAUAGGCACUUAAUUAUUUUAAUGUUUUUCAUUUAUUUAUUUUAAACACAAACCUUAACUGCCACUCACGGCAUGGGUACCUGCAGGACAUGUUGAACAGAAUUCACGCAGUGUGCAUAUUUUCAGGGUUAUUUACCAAACAUUAAUUUGAAAUGUCAAGAAGAAGGCCAUUCUUUGAAGUUUGAGAAAUACAUUUAUUCUGAUGUAAAUGGCUGUGUUAACUUUUUUUUUUUUUUACUUCUGAUCACUGCAUUAUUUGCACUGCUUUUCCCAAAUCACUAGCAGAAUGCACUAUGCAAAGUAAAAAAAAAAAAAUUAAAGAAACCCUCUCUAUGCACUUUAACCACUCCAGCACUGUGUGAAUUUUGGCAGCGCUGAAAGGGUUAUUGGUAAUAUUGUGUACAUACUAAGUACACCGGGAUCACACUUACCCACACAAAUAUUUUGAAUGCCUUGGUGACAAAGGUGAACAUUUCCUAUAUGAUGUCCCAUGCUGCAAAGGUGGGCUUUGGGUGCUGGGGAAUCAAUAGGUAGUUUUAUCCAUAGAGUCAUUGCAACAUAACCUCUUCAGUUCGGAAUGUAUGGUCCAUAUCAUUCCUUUAACCCCUUAGAGACCAAACUUCUGGAAUAAAUGGGAAUCAUGACAUGUCACACAUGUCAUGUGUCAUUAAGGGGUUAAAGACCUCUAUCAAUUAUGCUAACUAGUUAAGUGUGCCGGGACUCAAAUAUCAGAGCCCUAGUUCUGUUCUGGCAGCUUAAUAUGAUGCACCAUUCUCCUCUUAUCCCCAAAAUAAUAGACAUGCCUUGCAAAAUAUAUGUGCAUUUUAUUAGCGUGAAUAGUGCUACAGUUUGGCAGUAUAACGAGUUCAAUGGUUUUAUUGUUCUUAUGAGCACUGUGUAGACAGUGGGUGUUAAUUGAACGGGAAGAGUCAGAAGCAAACUAGUCAUUUAUUGAAGAUGCGAGCUAGCUUUUAAACUCUUUCUUUUUUUUUAUCUUCUCUAAGCCAACAAUUGAUAUACUGAACUGUGUAAUUAGCAGAUCUGGUAAUUACUAGUCUAACAAACCAUAUUAAAGUUAAAUCACCUCCCCCCUUCAGGCCAAUCAGUUGGUAUUGUGUCUAGUAUUAGGAAUGUUUGGGAAUUUGCUCUCUGAGAAGGAGAGCAGGAUAAUCCUGAUGGGCUAGUGGUUCAAUGCAUUCUUUGACUUUAGUGAAAACAUUUCAAUUAAAUGAUUGAAGUUAAGAAUCUGCUUUUAAAAAUGGCACUGGUAGUCCAACUAUUGGACACAAAUGAGUAGGACCCAUAAAGCAACAUUACAUGCAUUUCUGAUGUUCUUUGGUGCUGCAACUUUUUCCCCCCGGAAAUUCUGCUAACGUCUAAUCUUUUUGUGUUGUGUACAGGGGGAGACAUGGCUAUCCUAUUUGCCGUCGUUGCCAGAGGAACCACCAUACUUGCCAAUCAUGCCUGGUGUGGUGGGAAUUUUUUGGAGGUAACACAGCAGAUCCUGGCAAAGAUCCCGUCGGAGAAUAACAAGCUUACUUACUCUCAUGGCAGGUAAGCUAAGGCAUGCAUGUAUGUUUAUAUUUUCUUGUGAGUAGAUUGCUGUGUAGCGCUGGAAAUGAAUUUUUCUGAGCUCUGGAAAGUAUAUAAUGUGUGUACCUGAGUUUAUUUACAUAAGAGUUUGUGUGGGCCUUGGAGUAUGGAUCUCUGCAUGUGUGCGUGCAUCUGGCAGUAUGGCUCUGUGGCUGCCAGGUGCAUUUAGUGACUGAGCUACAUGCUCUAAAUGUUGUGUAGUGAUGAAUUAAGUCUGUGCCUCCAAAAGUACUGAAAUAUUAUACUAUACAUACACCUGGUGUGUCAAAUUGCAACACACGCCAUUUUGGCAGAUUACAGUGCCCGUAAUUCCUUCUCGUGCUGUAUUAAAUAUUGUUAAACUUUAGAAAAAAGAACAGUUAUAAAGUGGAGUGGCGACACUGCCCACUAAAAGUAGGUGGAACCCACUCCACCAAAUUGACCUCCAAAAGUUGAAAUACCCCAAAAUUAAAUUAACAAUCAAUCGUGAUACACCUUUAAAAGGCUGGGGUAGUUUGUCCAUAGACUCUAAAAGUGUGUACAGGAGACGUAAGUGUGGACAGAAUUUGUAUCCUAAACUGGAUCGGUAUCUAAGUUAAUGUCCCUAGAAUACACGUGUAAUGCCUGGUCACAUCUGGGAACUUGGGGGGGGGGAGGGGGGAGGGGGAAUACUAAACAGUAUAUGAAAUUUGGACAGAGUUGUACUUUGAAGGUAGAAGCAGAUUAAAGUCACUAGUGUUUAGCUAUAAGAAGAUAUAAACAGUACCUAUUUCUAGUGCUACCCUGUCUCCAAUGGUAAAAUGUAUACAGUGUAAAACACAUACACAGUACUAAAGAGGUUUAUCUAAAUAGUUUAGCUUAACCCAAGGUGGUGGUGUUGUGUGGUAAUAUAGACGGGGAUAAUGAACCAAAAGCCUAUAUGUGCAGCUUAAGCGGACAGCCCCUCUCAAGAUGUGCAAAGAGAGUGUCUGCUAAUAGAAUCUGAAGCUGGGGUAAUUGCUAAUCCUGCCAUAAAUUAUUGAGGAUAGCUGUAUACAUUUGUUCUAAGGCAGCAUGCUGACAAAUCUCCACUUGAUCGAUCCAGUCCAACAGCGAUUAUUUAGUCUAUAUAGUGAUCAACCCACUGCUGCUUCAAGGCAGCCUAUCUAAUCCGUCCCCUCUCAAUGUCAACAGUAAGUACAAAGUAGCGGUAAAUAGCCGUAUUAACCCAGACCGGACCAAAUCACCACAGUCACCAAAUAAUUAAAAACAAAGUAGUUUUAUCGACAUAAAAAUGUUCUAAUAUACCUAGGGUUCACGCCCUCUAGGACCUCUGUAACCUACUGUGAGACAUCAGUGUUGGUUUGCCCUGCACUGUAGCCUCUUCUUUGCUUUAUUGUUAAACUUUCUUCUGUCACAUUUUAAUUUGUGGUUUGUUUUUUUUUCUUCCUCCAACAGUUAUUUAUUCCAUUAUAUCUGCCAGGACAGGAUUAUAUACCUGUGCAUUACAGAUGAUGUGAGUACCAACACUGUCCUUCCCUCCCCAGCAACCUUAACUUGCAGUUUGCUUUUAUGUUCUUUAUUUGCUGCUCCUACAAAGUACAGCACCACCUCAACAGAUGUCAGAAUGUUUGAUAAAAUAUUUUCUGGUACCCAAGAGUUGUUCCCUGUUGCCAAAGCCACCUCAAGGGACAAAUUUAUAUUCAGGUUACCGUACCAAAAAAAUCAUAGCCUGAUGUCUUAAUGGGCCUCCCAUAAGGAUUUUAUUUUGGGGCAUUGUUUUGAGGGUAUUGUGUAGCGGAGAGCUGGUAUUUCACAGGUUAUCUCCACUAAAGAUCCCAGUGAGGCUCAGGAACAAGUAAUACAAUCCCAUAGAUCGCUAGUAACAGCAAGCAAGGUAAUCCACGAAUAUCCCAAUACCGAUCCCAAGGACUGGACGACACACAGCAUCAGGAGCAGAACUGAACUUUUAAUCCCACAAACUCCUUUUAAAGGUUUCUCCCAUGCAAGGGAGGGAUUCACAUUAAUUUGUACAGUAGCCAAUAGUGUAAUGGUUACCUCCUACACAUCUCCUCCCCUCAGUGUGACACAUAAUCCACUUAUAUACAUACUACAGUUUUACCCGAUUUCUGGAUGUACCCCAAAACAGUCAGAUACAAUUUUAUAAGGGGUAGCCCUGAUCUGGGUGACCAACAUAUUCAAAAGUCACCCAGAUAGGACCAGGGGUUUGGGAGUUAAGUGGAAGAGGCAAUUUGACCGACCGCACACGAGGUAGUAUCCGAAAAGGGCUCCAUGUGUUUUGGCCUUGUGGUCGGUCUCUGUUCGGAAGAUAAAACAUAUAGAAUUUCUUGCCAUCCAACGUUCCAUCGGUAUUCGUAUGAAUACCCUUGUUUGGUAGAUUUAGUUCACCGAACGAGGGGCUGGUUGUCCCCUCCGUUCCGGAGUUAUGGAGGUCUCAGCGGUGUUCGGGUGAUUGGAACUCAAAUCGGACACUCAAACACUCGACGACCAAACACCGCUGAGAUUUUCUUGCGUAAGAUGGCCGCCGCCACGUGGUUCGUAUGCCGAACGGCGGCCACCCAGAUAUGUAUACAAAGUACCGAUUGCAUGGUCAAUUAGCUUGCGGUUAGAGAAGUAUGAAAGCCUAACGAGGUGCACACUUCUCUCUGGGGUGGUCUGAUGGUUCGGUAGUUUUCAUUCGUAUGGAAUACGGACUGAAAGCUACCGAACAAUCAGUCGAAUGCUACAUACAAUAUAUCUAUACAGGAGAAUAAUCACACGAAAUACAUUUUUAAAGCACACUUUGAGGACAGCCCCAUGCCAUCCGCUACAUAUUGUUUCUACUUAUUCUCUUUCUCCUGUCAGCAUUAUCAAAACACCACAUGGAGGCUUAAUUAGAGGCCUCUGUAUGGAACUACACUCACCAGAGAGCCAUUGGUGAGUCCUGUUCAGUGUUUGACAACAGGCUGGAAUGCGUACAAAUUACUACUUAGGCCCUUUGUUUCCAGUAAUUACCAUCUGAUAACAUAAUCCACAAACAAAUUUUCAAUUCACACCAAAUACUUGAAAUUUGCAUUAAAAAAAAAUAUCAUCCUUAUAGAAAGCAUUAUCAUAAAGAUGGCACACAGUAGAUUAAGACUUUUCUCUUUUUAGUCUUGGUCCUCUUGGAUAAAUGCUAAUAGUGCCUUUCUUAAAGUGUUUGUUUUUGCACACAUUUGACAUUUAGUAUUAUUACUACAUUCUGAAUCUUUAGAAUUGCCAUUCUAUCAUUUUCUUUCCUCCAGGAUUUCGAGCGUUCCAGGGCAUUCAACUUCCUGAAUGAAAUAAAGAAACGGUUCCAGACAACAUAUGGAUCAAGGGCGCAGACAGCACUGCCCUAUGCCAUGAACAGCGAGUUUUCCAGUGUCCUCUCAGCUCAACUGGUAUGACUUGAAAAAACCUUGUACCUAAUACUUUGGGAAGUGUUGGUUCAUUUUUGGAUAGAAACAAGAGAUCCUGUGGUCUUGGAAGAUCAGGUUUAAAACCUGAUAAAUGUCUGCAAUUUGUUGAAGGGAUUUUGCUUCCCAAAGUGUGUUAUACAGUAAAUAGGAAGCAUAUAAAGUGAAUCUUUAACUCGCCGAGUUUGUGAUGGCACCUCAUGCUGCACUUUAGGCAAAAGCUUACUAAACAAAAAAUGUCUGCUUUAGUUUAAUCUUUGCAGAUUUUGUGUAAUACUCCUUUUAUGCACUACAUCUAACAUCUAUGCUGUAUGUCCUGUUUAGAUGUCAGAGUACCUUCCAUGGCUCAUGGAAUAGUGUUACAGCAGUUAACUGAUUAAAUUUGGAUGCAGUGUCAGCCCACGUUAUAUUAGCCUAUCCCUGAUUUAUAGAACAUGUACAGUGCAAUAGAUGCCUCUAAGCAGCAUGGUAUUGAUUAAUGUUCUCAGAUACACAGCUACACUACAAGAUCUAACAUUUUUCCCUCCGCCUAAUACAUGAUCAGUGCUUUUUGUCAUGUGAGCAGCUAGUGAGCUCUUUCUAAGCCAGUCACAUGGACACUUGUGAUCUAUGUGCAUUGCAGUGGACUGAAAGGAGUGGUUAGGCUGAAACAUCAUGAGACCAGAUACCAGUGGGAUUUCCUUCCUCUCCAAUUGCCUGUAGCUCACUGCCCAUUAUUGCUUGUGUGUUUUUGUUUAUAUAGAAUUUUUUUUUUUUUUUUUUACAUUAUAUUAUUAAAGCAGUUGUACACUUGUUUGAUUACAUCAAAGUAUUUAAAGAAACACUAUAGUGUUAGGAUUCCUAACACUACUGUGUUUGUCCCACCCCCACCCCAAGGUGGCAGUCAGAGGGUUAAAUACCCCUUUAAAUAUGUGCUUGUUUUCAGCACCGCGAUCUCUGGGAACUGCAUUGUAUUGGAUUGCAGGGUUAAGGGGACAGAUACCUGAAAAGGCAUGUUUAGCAUUUGCUAGUUUCAGGUCAAUUCCAUAUGUAAAUGGAAUCUAUCAUUACAUAGAUUUAUGGGUAAUUUGAUUGAUUGACCUUUUAGAAUGAUGAAUUGACAGGACUCCAGCUUGGGACUCUGAAAUAAUGCAGCUGGAAUCCUAUCCACUAAGCUAUCUCACCAGAAGAAAAUUCCCUUUGUCUAAUUGCACUUUUACAUCUAGCAACAUGUGAAAGCAACAUAGUUAGAUACCUGCACACUGUAUCUCCAGGAGGCAGUAGACUUUAAAAAAAAUAAUAAAAAAAAUAAUAAUAAUUCCACUAAUAAAAAAAGCAAGUAGCAGGCCACUUGACCUCAAUAUUAAUCUGAAUGAUUAUGCAAAACCUUUAUAAUCAUGUAUUCCUAAUCUUCCAGCAGUUCUCGUUUUAUGUUGAUGUAUUGCAAAUUGCUCUAUGACAGAUUAUAAGGUUCUACAUCAAAGGGAGAUUAUUCAAAUACUUAUAGAAAUUUAAAAACUUGCUUAGUGAUGUCAUUUUCUUGGAUUAAAGUGCUCAAUUUUUAAGAACUCUGACUUGUCUUGAAAACCAUUAACUUAACCAGGACUUGCAUGAGAGUUUUACAUUUUAUGCCAAAAUUGACUAAUUGGAAAAAAUCUACAAUUUAUGUUUGCAGUUCUGUUAAUAUGGCCUGAAAAUCUUACAUUUUCUGCCAGGUCCAUGACAAUUCAUUGUUUAAAGGACCACUCUAUGCACCCAGACCACUUCAGCUUAAUGAAGUGGUCUGGGUGCCAGGUCCAGCUAGGGUUAACCCAUUUUUUAAUAAACAUAGCAGUUUUGAGGAAGGCAGAACUUAAGAGAUGAAUAGAUCUUCUCUUCUUCCUCAAGUCUCCACAAUCAGAACAUCAUAUCCAUCCCAAUGUCUUUGCAAAAAAUGCUGAGACCCCACAAGUGACACACAAGCUUUAGGUGAUCCUUUCAUUAUCAUUCAAAUAUGUCAUCUGUGUACCUUAAAGGGACACGAUAGUCACCAGAGCAACUGCAGCUUAAUGUACUUGCUCUGGUGAUUAUAAUCGGUCCCUUCAGGCUUUUUUCAGUACACACUGGUUUUCAGAGAAAAUGCAGUGUUUGCAUUACAGCCUAGGGACACUUCCACUGGCCACUCCUCAGAUGGCUACUAGAGCUGCUUCCUGGGGCAGUACUGCACAGAGUGAAUUAAAUUGUGUCUCCACCCUCUGUAUGGAGAGGCACUGACACUGAACUUUCCUCGUACAGAUGCAUUGAUUCAAUGCAUCUCUGAGUAAAUGCUUAUUGGCCAAGGUGGUGCUUGCCUUCACUCCUGGCCCACCUACUUGGCUGAGAUAAUCAGGAUUGACAAUCUGUAUAGGCAUUUAAAUAAUGUAUAUGUAAUGUUUUGGGGCAAAUAAGGAAAUGUCAUCUCAGAAUGGCACCUGGUUUGCCCUGAUAAUUAUGACCCAAUAUGCCCUAAUGUUCUCUGAAUUAAUAGCCGCAGAAGAGUUAAAAAUUUGUGUUGCAUAGGAUAUACAGUUAGUGUGAGGUCAGCUAUGUCAAUUUCGAUGAUGGAGAGGGAGUUUGUGCUCUUUAGUUGUAUUUGUUGUUGUCGUAGACAGUGCCUAGGCUAGAUGCAGCUUUCCAGCUGUGCUUGCACUGGCUAGGUGUCAUGGGAGAGAUAGCAACAUCUGGAGGCACUUGCUGUUUUAUAGGCCACUGGUAGGCAGACAUGCUAUCUAGUUUUGUUUUCUACAUCAUGUGAUACAGAGAUGGGGAAACGGAACACCUUGCUAAAAAUAUAUUUUGUCUCCAUUUAACUUUAUUUUUUUUAUUUACACAGAUAAUUAUUGUACAGAGGUUUUGGUUAAACGUCACCAACAGAACAUGUACCUGAUAUUUCUUCCUUUUCUAUAUUUUGUAGCAUCUUAUUUUUAUUCUAAAUGGGAAAAUUAAGAAGCCGAUGAUAUUAUUUCAGAAUAACUGAAGGAAUAAGAAAUCCCAGAAUUAAUUGUUAUAUAUUUUAAAUAAUGUCAUGUAAUUGUUGUAUUGUUUUGUAAUGCUAGUUUUGAGACUUAUUUUUAAAUGUAUAUUUUAUUUUAGAAACACCACUCGGAGAACAAAGCUGUGGACCGUGUUGCAGAGACACAAGCCCAGGUGGAUGAGCUGAAAGGGAUUAUGGUUCGAAAUAUAGGUACAUGAACAGCUAGAUCUAUAAUGUACACGUUAUACAGUGAAGCAUUAAAGUUACCUCUGCCCUACUUAUAUAACAUGCUAAAUUGAUGUUUACAUGUUGUGCUAGCAAAUACAUAGAGCAAACGUUUUUCGCGUAUAAGAAUAGGUGUGUGUGUGUGCGUGUUUUGCGCUGCGCUUCCUUCCUUUAUGUGGAUCUUAUCAUGCACACAUUUAUAGUUGUCAGGUUCACAUUAAAUUACAUAUUGCCCAAAGGGUACAUAUAUGUUCAUUCCUUGCCUCCAGCAGUGCUGGUACAAGUCCGUUCUUCCACACUUUGUGGUCUGGAUCUUUUAUAAUAGAGAUUGCUCUGUCACUCCUUGAGAAGGAAGAAGACCAUUAGAAAUACCAUCUUGUGCAAUGGGAACUAUUACUUCAUAAGACUAUUUAUAGCUUCCCUGUAAAGAAACAGUCAAGGACUAUUCAGAACACAAGAAAAAUGGUACAUGUAGCAAAAUAUAAUAUUAACUUCCAUAUUUUCAGGUUACUAAAUGGCAUUUCAGAGGUGGAAAAAAUUAAGUCUGAAGGACACUCUGUGAUUUUAUACCUGAGCUGAAUGGUCUUCCAUGUCAACAGCAUAGGCAAAAUCCUUGUUGUGCCCAUUAGGAACGUACUUGUUUGUUCAUGAGUAUUCCCGGCACUUAGUUCAUUGAUUGACCCACUGAUGCCACAGAGACCACUUAGAUGGAAGUCCAAACCUCCAAUCACUCUAGUAAAUACCAUCAUUUGAUUUCAUCCUGAUUGGUUGAGGGGAUUACUAACCCUAUAGUUCUGUGUAAUAAUCCCUAAUGUGUUUCAUUUGUGGGUCAGACGACAUGAGUAGCUGCCUAAGUCGCUCUGUUCUUUGUCACUAGAAAUAUCAAAUGUGUUUUUGUCUGGAUAUUGGUUUGCUGUUCUCUUUAUAACACAUUCCCCAUAUUAAGUGUAGGAGCUGUUAGGAGACUAACAGGCUGAUCUCUCCUUUUAAUGUGUUUUUAUGCAACAUCCUCUGUGAUAAUGGAUAUCCCUGCCAUGUCUUGGCACUAUUAUUGAAAUUGUAAGUGUCCUUACACACUGACCUAUGUCUCUAUUUGGUUGUUGUUUUAUUGACCAGCAUGUAAUUUUGGUGUGAUUUAAAAUCCCAGUGUGUGUACUACUGAUCCAAAACUGUCUUGUCCAUUUAGAAUUCUGGUUUGUGUCUUCAUUACGAUUUAUUUUCUUACUAUACAGAUCUUGUUGCCCAAAGAGGAGAGCGGCUAGAACUGUUAAUAGAUAAAACAGAAAAUCUUGUUGACUCUGUAAGUAUGGUUAAAAUCCCAUAUUUUUACCUAUAGAAGCUACCUCUACUAAUUUUCACUUCUGAAUGCAUCAAUAAAAAAAAAAAAAAAUGUAUGUAUAUGGCUACAAAUAAAGUGUAGACAUACAGGACCAUCUAAAAUUGUCUUGAAACCUGUCCACAGGCAUCCCAAUAGUCAAGAUCUUAUUGAUGAUCAAUGAGGGGGUAGACAGAGGGAGCUAAUGUACUAGGAACCACUUUGUAUUCCUGGCACUAUAAUAUCCCUUUAAGAAUAAUUUGUCAAAAGAGUAAAUUAUUUCUUUUAAACCAUAGCACCAUGACCACUUCAGUUUAUUGUUGUUAUGGUGCAAGGUAUUUUUGAAUGCCUCCCUCACAUUGUGUCAGACCAGAUACUGUUUGACAACAAAAUGUGCUCUGCCAGCACCUAAAGCCUAGUUCUGAGGUUUGAACUUUGAGGUCUAUGGAGGAUCCAGCAAUUCCCUGCAGCCAUCCAUGGUAACGUCAGGGGAAUUGACACUUCUAGAAAUAUGUAUGAAAUAAAUAUGACUUUGCAACAGUUUUGUGGAGGUAAUUUUUUAAAGUGCGAGUAAAACUGAAACAGGCAAUCCUGAUUUCUCUUACUAUUCUGUGUUUUAUUGGUAAUCUAUAAGACCGUAAGAGGAAUCUUAAAGUGGAACUGUCACGUGGGUUCUUGCACAACUUGAUCUCUAACUGAACAUUGCUAUGGGUUGUGCUAUAAAAUUCAGUUUUUAUUUUAUAAUGUACUUUUAGCAAUGGGAAUGGUGUAUGCAGACUUUUUAAAAAAAUGCUGUAGUACAGCAUUUCUCUCCAGAUGCUAGCGAGCUCAUAAUUGUGACAUUACCCACUGCUGAAAUACUGUAGAUUCCACUACAUGCUUCACACAUAGAAUGUGAUUGCAGAUAAGAACCAUUCGGCCCAUCUAGUCUGCCCAAUUUUCUAAAUACUUUCAUUAGUCCCUGGCCUUAUGUUAAGUCUAGGAUAGCCUUAUGCCUUUCCCGCGCAUGCUUAAACUCCCUCACUGUGUUAACUCUACCACUUCAGCUGAAAGGCUAUUCCAUGCAUCCACUAACCUCUCGGUAAAGUCCUUCCUGAUAUUUUUAAACCUUUGCCCCUCUAAUUUAAGACUAUGUCCUCUUGUUGUUGACUAGGUGGUGAUGAUGAGAUUAGGGUGUAGAACAGUAUGUUCUUACUGCUGUUGGUCAAUGCUCUGCUCUGUUCCAGACUGGGAAACCAAUCUAUCAUAUGAUAUCCUGGUGCCAUCUCUGCUCUGAGCAAGCCAUUGAGGCAUGGGGAUAAUGGGUCUAUUACAAAACAAAGUUGAAUUUCAUGAAUGAAAAAGUAAUAGUAUUGUUUUGGUUUUGCCAAGAAACCGUAAAUCGUGUCUUUAUAUGUUUGAACAUUUAUGUUUUCCUCCACUAGUCUGUAACGUUUAAGACCACAAGCAGAAACCUGGCUCGAGCAAUGUGCAUGAAAAACUUGAAGUUGACCAUCAUUAUUGUCGUUGUUGCAAUAGUAAGUAUUUAUCACAUUUCUUGGUUUACCAUUGGUGGACAGAUUUGCCCUGGGAGUGUAGCUGUAGUGUAGCCAUUCUAAUGACCUGUAAUGUUCGUGAUACUUGUAUUACUCAUGGAGCAGAGUACUAAUAAAAACAAUUUUAUUUUAGAACCAAAGUAAGUGAACUGCUGCAUAUUACACAGUAUGUUGUUGGUGGUUAAAUAGAAUGUGACUUCUGCAAGGUUUUUAGUGUUAUCUGCUUGGUACAAGUUUACAAUUGCCAGACCCUGCUGGUUCAGGUCACAAAUCAGUUUUUGAAACACCUUGUACAUGUAACAUUUCAGCUCACAGAAUCAGGUAGAAAAGUUUGUAGCAACCCAGGGAAGCCAGGAAAGGGGAGAUGGGUUGUCAAAGAAAGAACCGUCACUUCUUGAGAUGUAACUGGUUGUAAAAAGAUUUUCAAGCCACAACCAUAGUUUGAAAUUGUACAAAUAUCAAUCCUUUUUCAACAGGUUUAAUUUGAAAUAAUAAAAGAAAAUUAGAAAACAAAAAGGAACAAAUUGAUGUGUAAUAAUUCCCGUUCACUCCAUAUUUACAGAGAUUUGUUUUUUCAAAUGCACAAAUGCAAAUAACGUUCAGAGUUAGGGCUGUAACUUUAAAAAAAAUAAAAUAGAGAUUUGGUCAGCCAGGUUUGUUAAUUACACCAUUGACUAUGAUUUUAAAGGGAAGCACCAUGAUCACUUCAGCAUUUUGAAGUUGUCAUGUGCAAGGACACUAUGAAACGCUGCACUUACUUUAUUUUAUAUUGAUACAGGAGUUGUAACUGUGUGUGUUGGGCAGCCUUCAUUAGCCAAACAGGAGUGAGGGUUCCGGACUGGCUAAUGUUAAUUCAAUUGUUUGCAGAGAGGUUAAUUCUUUGACUGAGAGCGCUCAGCUUAUACUUUCACCCAAUGACGAACAUCAGGACAAACUUCUAGUUUCUGCAGAAACUGGAUGCUCAUUAAGACUCCAUAUCCUUACCGGAUGCAAGUAAGCAGGAAACUGUUGUAACCGGGUUUACCCCCUUACCCAGGGUACUUCUGGCAUCAUCGUAACUACAGUGGACUGAGCCAAGUAAAUCUUUAAUAUAAACAUAUUAUGUUUCCAAAUGUACGAGACGAGUUAACGUUUUUCUGCGAGUUUGAAAAGUUGUCUUUUUCUCUUUUUUUUUUUUUUUUAACUUCAUUUAGUAGGAGUGUACAAAAUUACAGAGUCACAUAAACCAACAGAAUGCUAAAUUUCCUUCCUCUCCAUAAAAUACAACGUUCAAUAGGAUUUAUUAUGGUUGGAGAACUCUAACGAAGGGAAAUAAACGCUCCUACCUCUGCAGCACAUCCAUGUUCAAAGUCCCUUGAUGCAGCUCCUGGGACAUCUGCAGGGAAUGCUUUAAAAGCACACUUGUACUUAUUCCUUCUGUAGUGCUCUUCACUUGCAUAACACUGCAAGAGUGGUUCAGUUAAUUUACAUGGCAUGCUGUGGCAAAACCACCUCGGCUAGCCAUUCAUUGUAAAUGAUGAUAAAAUAAAAAAUGGUUGAGAAUUUAAAACAAAGGACAACCCAAAAGCUUUUGCAUAACCAUCAUUUUGUGCAAAGAACUCUAGUUGUCAACUUCUCGCUCUCAACCUGUUGAGCUUUGUUUACAAACACAGGCACCGAUGAUUGUAGUUAAUAAUUGCUUAGAAAGUUAUGGGUACACUUCCCUUGUGUACGUAUUGGGCCUGCUAUUUAUUUUUAUACUGCAUUAACCUUUUAUCAACCCAUAUUUUUUUUUUUUUUUUGCUGUUUACUAACAUGCUUUCCCUUUUACCUGCUAAAGGUCAUCAUCUACAUCAUUGUGUCAGCAGCAUGUGGAGGAUUGUCAUGGCCCAGCUGCGUGAGCAAGUAAUCUCCUCUUUUUCCGAUGCAUGAAAGAGCUCCCAAGGAACAGAACGUGAAAGUACUACCUAUUCAUGUGAAGCAUCCUAGAGAAAAGAGACUUGAUAGAAAAGCCUUUUCCUUCUGGAACCCAUUAAGGCAUCUCAUUAUGUCCCCUAACUCACGCAUCCUUCUGGACUUGCAUUGUAUCUCUUUGCCUUAUAACAUAUACAAGGAAACCUCACCCAGAGAGCCCACAGUUUUGUGCAACCACAUUGGGGUGCAUUGAAGAAUGGUAAAAUGAAGAUCUAAAUGUUGUUUGUUUUGGAUGCUAAGGAUGUUUUUGUUUUGAGAUAUAGAUAUAUAUAUUUUUUUCUUUUUCCAAUUUCUGGUUUUCCAUCACUAAAAUCUGUGCAUUGUAUAAUAUUUUUCUGUGUACCCCUGCUACAGUUUGUUUUAGCUGGGUUAUGUUUUUUAACCUCUCUUGAAAAAAAAUGUUCCGGAUUCUAUUUUGGGUGGUUUGUUUUGUGUUAUUUCUACAGGCACACAUACAAUUAUUGCUGUCCGGCCUGAUGUUGCAGGAUUUUCUGCUUUGGUGGCCACUUGACAUAUGCACUCAUACAAUAGAAAAUCAACUUUUAUGUUUAAUCACAAAUUAAAUUGGGUAGGAAAAAAUUACAGCCACUACUCUAGAUGUUAAAUUAUUUAAAAAUGAUCAGUGGAGUACAUUGCUUGGCUGCUUUUAUGCAUAUUGUUUUGCGAUUUAAUUGGAGCACAGCAGAAGCCUUUUGUGUUAAUGUAACUAUCGGAUAAUUCAGAAGUCUUAUUUGAGUGUAUUUCUAAGGAAAGAAAAUUCAUGAACUAACAAAAAUCCUACACAGUUGUCUUACUUUCUUAGCAAACUUAUGUUAUUAUUUGGGCAUCACCUUGGAUCUGCAGUAUGUUAACACACAAAACCUUGUUAGAUUUGAUUACACUAGCCACCAGUCGCCCAUCUCCUACCACAGCAUACUGUUCCAUAUAAAAGUGCAAUACCUAAUAAAUUUUGUUUUUUUUUCCCAUGUAUGAAAUCUGCUAAACACCUUUCACCUGUGUAUUCUGUCAAUAAACUUACAAUUUAAGUUAACUUGAUGCUUUGUUAGAUGUUUUGAGAUGAGGAUGGUUUUUUUUUUUUGUUUUGUUUUUUAAAGGGGGGCUUAGAUGAUUGUUAUAUUGGCUGCUAAGCCAUUUAAUAAAUAGAAAAGUUGUACUUUCAGAGAAUGUACAAGAAGUUAACACACAGGCUAUGAUUUUCAAUGUACUUUGUCCUUCGAGUUCUGUUUAGUCAUAUUGCUUAUAAUACACAGCAUUUAACAGUUAAGGGAGUGCCAGUCCUCCUGUUUGCACUCCGUAAUAGAAAUCAUGGUUUUAAAUACAAUUUAAGGUUUUUGUUUUGGCAUUUUUGGUUUUUCCCACAGUCUUAAAGAAACACCAUUGGUCCAGGAUGUAUCCACCAACCCCUAGAAAUUAAAUUGAGCUUUUUUGGAUAUGUUCACAUGGCCUGGUUUGAAACCAGUGUAUUGGAUAUUAGUGAAUUUACAUUGAACUGCAGGAAUGUCCAUCCAUUUGUGUUAAAAUGCUCUGAUCUUUUAUCACAUCAGUGUCUAUUUAUUGGAAAUAACACAUGCAGGCAGUGACUUGAAUGCCGAGAGCCUUUUUACUGGUGAAUGCUGUCGUUCAAUGCAAAAUUAAUGUAUGUUAACCAUGUAGAAAGUAUCCUUGUUUCUUAUAAAGCAAACUAUUCCUUGUGACAUUGUUUUUAAAGUUGCUUCAAUGUGGUUGGUAUGUUAGUAAUUCAGAGUGCAAUAUAAAUAGAACACUAAAAGCUACAAAUUAUUAUUAAAGGAACACUAUAGGGUCGGGAACACAAACAUGUAUUCCUGAACCUAGGUGUUUAACCCAACAUUUAGGUGGCUUGCCCUCCCCCGCUCCCGCCUUAGUAUCCUUAAAAGGAAUUAAAACUCACCUUAGUUCCAGCACUGCGCGGGUCUGUCCCUUUGGUGACACCAUCAGAAUUGCAGGGUUUUUUUGGGGGGAGGGGGUUGGGAAAGCAUUGGAUUGGCUGUAAUCUGCAAGGGACGGGGCCAAAUGCCAUUUUGGCCAAUUAACACCUCCUCCUAGACAGAUCAAUGCUACUCUGAGGGAAAAUUCGGUGUCCCCAUGCAGAGCGUAGAGACUUUGAACGGCAGUCCUGCCUACUGUGCAGCACUGAGCCAGGAAGCGCCUGUAGUGGCCACUUGGAGGUGUCCCUAGGGGCAAUGUAAACACUGCCUUUUCUCUGAAAAAGCAGUGUUUGCAUAAAAAUGCCGGAAGGCAAUGAUUACUCACCAGAACUACAUGAAGCUGUAGUUCUGGUGACUAGUGUCCCUUUCACAUUUUAAGGAUACUUGCAAACACAGAU